AUGUUGGCAUCUACGUCAAAAUGUUUUACCCUGCAGUUAUCGUCCAAUUCUUGUAUGGGCCGUUUUUCAUAUAGGCCUGGUAUCUCUAUACAUGCGUCAGGACUGAAUUACUCUGGACGAUAUGUACUUACGUUCGACUUUGUCUCCAAGUACUUAGGGAAGAACUUCAAAUAUACUUUCCUUGAUCGUACCUCAAAGUAA